UGCAGAAAUGCCUUAGAUUAGACAUAUCUUACCGGUCUUUUAUAAGGGCGAGCAGAUGCCAUUAUGGAAUCAGUGUGUAGUCGUCGAUCUACCAAUACUACGUUUGUAUUACUUCAACGCUUCAAUGGACACGGACAAAUCAUUCAACUUCGAUCAAAAUACCUAUAAAUAUUAUUACUCGCCACUCUCCCCUCAAGAAAAGAGUGAUAACAUCGUCAUUAAUAAUAAUACAUGUGAUGGUGGACAAAGAAAAUCGCAAUCGCAAUCGAUUGAACAUUUUUUUGAAGCUCAACCACAAAUAAAAAAGAGGAAGCUGUUAUCGUCAACCGUAGCACGAGCUACUAGAGAUGGUGUAUCAUACAUUUCUACUAAUUCUGACGACGGAGACUAAGCGACGCAUCUCAUAAAAAUUGAAAUGUACGAUAUGAAGAAGCUAUGCAAGAUUCCAACUACUGAUCAUUGGAAACAUGCUUCCACGAGGAUUAAAUAUUAUGGGAAGAAUAAUAAUAAGGAUAGCAUCUACGACAACACAAACACCCUCGUAUACAAUAUUACGAAAACAAUAGCAGAAAGUGAAAAAGUUAAAAAAAAACUUUUUUAACAAUGACAGUCAUUAGCAGAUCAUUAGUGAGUUCUGUUUAUUUAAAUUACUUCAUUCAUGCGUGAUUCUGUUUACUUAAAUUACUUCUGUGUGGUUUUGUAAAAGAUUUAAUAUGGGUUUAUAAAUAAAUAAAAAAUAAUAUAUUACA